UCAUUUCGAAUCGGAAAUUUGACGGGUUCGGUCGUAAUCACGGAUACAAAUUUGACGCCCUGUUGGAAAAACCACAACGUCCAAUUUUCCUUUUAUCGCGCCAAAAAGAAAUGCGAGUAAGACCCGAGUCUUCGUGUAUACGUAUAAUUACCAUUUGCAAUCACAAAGGUUUUGCAACUGUCGCCGGGCGGUGAAAACUCAAGUGAAUAAAUAUCGCAAAGUGAAGCAAAUAAAAAAAUAUUACAAAAACCGGUAAAACGAAAUGAAACUGAAAUGAGUGAGGGCAGCAACUUCAAGUGACGAAAGCAAUCCGUUUACCGUUGUCUUUGCCUCUUCAUCCUCCCCGAGAACGGCGGAGAACGCGAAAAAUAUCAUGAAAUGUAAAAGCUGGUCCAACAAAAUUAACAACUACGUUGUGCGCAAAAUAAAGUCUAUCAAGAUCAACGGUACACAGCAACAGCUCCAAUUGCCAGGCAGCGGCGCUAGCGGAAUCGCAGCGGCAGCCGUAAUCACGGUAGCAUCGGAUUGCGGCGAAAACUGCAGCAGUAACGGCACCGAGCAUCAGCAGCACUUCAACAUUGCUACCACCACAGCAACUUCGGCGACAGAGGCAACAAUGCCGGCUAUGGCCAAGGAGAAAGCAUCAGCAACAGUGUCCUUGGGCGAGUCGAAUUUCAGAGAUAUCAACCUAAAAGACUUGGCCGUGGUCGUCGAAGCGGCAUCGCGGCUGCACCACCAGCAAAACGUAUGCGGCUGCGGAGCGGUAUCGUCUACUGAGAACAACAACAACAGUCGCUACGGCAGCAGCAAGUAUCUGACAAACGGCCACACGUCGCCUUUGGCGGCAGCGGUUGCUAGCAACAGUUCGUCGGUGGCCACGACACCGCAUUGCAGAAUGUUGCACAACUGCAGUCUGCAGCAGUACCAGAAUGACAUAAGGCAGCAGACGGAGAUAUUGGACAUGUUGCGGCAGCAGCAUCAGCAGGGCUACCAGUCGCAGCAACAGCAACAACAGCCGCAGCAGCAGCAGGAACAACAGCAGCAGCAGGAGCAAUCGCAGCAGCAGCAACAGCUACAGAAUCCUGCGCCCAGGAGGUCUCCGAAUGAUUUCAUUUUCGGUCGUUACAUAGGCGAGGGCAGCUAUAGCAUAGUUUAUCUGGCCGUGGAUAUACACUCUCGCCGCGAGUAUGCAAUUAAAGUAUGCGAGAAGCGGCUGAUCCUGCGCGAACGGAAGCAGGACUACAUCAAGCGUGAACGCGAGGUGAUGCACCAGAUGACCAACGUUCCCGGCUUCGUAAACCUGUCGUGCACCUUCCAGGACCAGCGUUCUCUUUACUUUGUGAUGACGUACGCGCGAAAGGGCGACAUGUUGCCAUACAUCAACCGCGUGGGUAGCUUUGACGUGGCCUGCACGCGCCACUACGCUGCCGAGCUUCUGCUGGCCUGCGAGCACAUGCACCGCCGUAAUGUGGUGCACCGCGACCUCAAGCCCGAGAACAUCCUGCUCGACGAGGACAUGCACACGCUAAUCGCCGACUUCGGUUCCGCCAAGGUGAUGACAGCCCACGAAAGGGCUCUGGCCACGGAGCACUGUUCGGAGCAGCGGCGCAGCAACUCCGAUGAAGACGAUGAAGACAGCGACCGCCUGGAAAACGAAGACGAAGACUUCUACGAUCGCGAUUCGGAGGAGUUGGACGACGGCGACGACGAACAGCAGCAGGAAGAGAUGGACUCCCCACGCCAUCGUCAAAGGCGUUACAACCGUCACCGAAAGGCAAGCUUUGUGGGCACUGCCCAGUACGUUUCACCGGAAGUGCUCCAAAAUGGACCUAUAACCCCGGCGGCGGACCUGUGGGCACUGGGAUGUAUAGUUUAUCAGAUGAUCGCCGGCCUACCGCCAUUCCGUGGCAGCAACGAUUAUGUCAUUUUUAAAGAGAUUCUUGACUGCGCCGUGGACUUCCCGCAAGGCUUUGAUAAGGACGCCGAGGACCUGGUGCGCAAGCUGCUCCGUGUCGAUCCGCGAGACCGCCUGGGUGCUCAGGACGAGUUUGGAUAUUACGAAUCCAUUCGGGCGCACCCAUUCUUCGCCGGCAUUGACUGGCAGACGCUCCGUCAACAAACCCCUCCCCCCAUCUACCCAUACUUACCGGGCGUAAGUCAGGAUGAGGACUUCAGGUCCAGCUAUACUGUGCCCGGGGAUUUGGAGCCUGGCCUUGACGAACGGCAGAUAUCGCGACUGCUUAGUGCAGAAUUAGGCGUUGGCAGCAGCGUGGCCAUGCCCGUCAAGCGAUCGACCGCAAAGAACUCUUUCGACCUGAACGAUGCCGAGAAGCUGCAGCGUCUCGAGCAACAAAAGACUGACAAGUGGCACGUUUUUGCCGACGGCGAAGUGAUCCUCAAGAAGGGGUUUGUCAACAAGCGCAAGGGUCUGUUUGCCCGCAAGCGAAUGCUCCUUCUGACCACGGGACCGCGACUCAUCUAUAUCGAUCCCGUGCAGAUGAUCAAAAAAGGAGAAAUUCCGUGGAGCCCAGAUCUCCGAGCGGAGUACAAAAACUUCAAAAUUUUUUUUGUCCAUACGCCAAAUCGAACCUAUUACCUGGAUGAUCCCGAAGGCUAUGCUAUCCACUGGUCGGAAGCUAUUGAGAACAUGCGCAAGUUGGCCUACGGAGAUCCCUCCUCCACAUCUGCAGUGUCCUGCUCCAGCGGCAGCAGUAAUAGCCUGGCUGUCAUCUCAAAUUCAUCCGCCGCCUCCUCAAGCAAUUCGCCCACGGUGAAACGCAGUUCCCCCGUAAACGCUCCUCAAGCUUCGACGGCGUCUGACAACCGGACAUUGGGUAGCACCAGAACGGGGACGUCACCUAGCAAGAAGACGGCGUCUAAGUAAACGUAGUCCUAUUUAUAGCAAUGUGAAAUUAAUUUAGUUGAAAUUUAGUGCAAACGAAGCGAUGGCGUAGAAGAGGGCGGGAAUAGAAGUAAGCUUAGAAGUAGAAGUAAGUGAUGAAGGGGAAAUAAUGAUCGUGUCUCUAGUGCUAAUUAGAACCAAAUUUCUGUUUUCCGAUUUGUAUUGUGCUUAGGGCGAAAAUAUAACACUAGAAUAAACUUAUCUAAAGUAAAAUACAUCUAUAACGACUAAGUAAAUUCAAUUUAAAAUUUAAAUUAAAUAUUUAUAUACAGCAUACAUAAAUACAAAUAUAUUCGUAUUUAGCGCGUAGUUAGUCGCAAUUGAAAUGAAUUACACACGGAGGCAAGGUGGCAUUGUAGGCUUAAAUUAAAAGUAAUUUCGUGAAGCAAACUAAAAUCCGUAUUUAAAUGGUAUAAUACUAGGAAAUUAUCUGGAAACUGUAAUAUACAUAAUAUGUGUAUGUACGUCGGAGAAAUAAUUUUUGUUUCUGUUAUCGUGGGAAGAUCACAUAUAUGUUAAUAUAAAUUUUGUAAACAGUGUAACUAUGUACAGAACUAUGUGAGCUAUAUGCACACGGCAAAAAGACCCUAAGUCGUGGGGAAGGAGAUGGGAAUGAGCCGGAAAACCAUCGAUGUCACAAAAUCGGUGUUUUUCCAGCUUCACGCUCAACUGUUUAGGUAAUUCUAAUAUACAGUUUAACGCUAAUUAUCAUUAUUUAUCAUUCUCAUUAUGCUUUUCGUUUACCUAUUUGCCCUAUAAUGAAAUGUAUAAGACUUGAGCUACCCUAAUAAAAGAACGAAUUUUAAAUUAUAUUUUUAUUUUGUAAGGGCUACCACUAAAAACUCAACAGUCGUUCAAAGAUUGUCAAGAUUGGCGGUCGUUGUCUCUCCAACUGACUCCAAUUGAAUGUGUGUAAAACAAGUCUUAUACAAAGAUAUAUGUAAUAGAUGUAAGACAGACUGCAAAGUUUCUUGAAACAAAUUAGUUAAAUGUUGUAAAUGUCUAAGUUGCUACCACUGCUACUACUAGAACGCGCCCAUCCCCUCCCAUAUUUACCUUUAAGCUACAGUAAUUAAGUGAUGAGCAGAGGUGUAGAGUAAGGAGUCGAAGUUGAAAGAAAGCAAAAAAUACAUUUUGUACAUACAUAUCGCCGUUGGUCGAUAUACAUCUAAACAUAAUUUAAUUUUUUGUUACUUUUAAGUAAAUUAUUUUUGGCGACCUAAGUAAAUUAAAAUUAACGCAAUAUGCAACAACACACAUAAGUAUACAAUUAAUUAAAUUAAACGAAAAUUACGAUUUAUUAAACGAUGUCAUAGAACGGAGAGCCACUGAUAGUGAGAGAAAUCUGUAAAAUAAAUAUUUAAACAAAUUAUAUAUUAUCUAUAUAUGAGUACCAGAACAAGAAUGUCAAAAAAGAGAAGCAUGUAAAAAUAAAAAAUAUAUUACGAGUAAAACAAAAAAAGAUAAUCGAGCGAAAGGAACGUAUCAUUAACAGGAAAAAUUAAAGAAAAAUACAAAAACAUUUCAAAGUAACAAAAUUACGAUAAAAUUUGUUUUUAUUUUGGUUCGUUUGGUUAUUACAAUUGGCAAUAUCUAACUGAUUGGGUAAUAAGUGCGCGUAUCCCAGUAUCCAACGUUGCAAAAUGAUACAACAUUUCAAUAGGUUUCAAAAUCUACGUAAGAUACACAUAAAACGACCUGACUACUUUGUUCUACCCUACGCUUGUGCUGCAGUACCUAAAAUCGAAGAAAGAGUACAGUGAACAGGGCUAAGAUAUAGAAAGACAGCUCUAUUUCUGCAAUCCAAAAAGGGCUUGCCCUAAUUAAAAUAAUUGCAAAUGCAUUGCGCUUCAAAUCCAGAAGCCUUUUUUACCUUUUAUAGCCUACAGGAAAAAAGAAAAAAGAGGAGAUAACGGAAAGACCCAUAAAAUCGAAAAGUGCAUAGGUAAACCUGUAGGACGAUUAGUGGAAUACUAAAAUCAUCAUAUGUUUUAAUCAAUAAGUAUUCCAAUUUUACCAGGGGCAAGUGUAUGCGAAUUCUUUCAGUACGAGUAUUU